AUUUCAAAUGAAUGCUGGAAUUUCGCGUAUAGAUCAUUACAGAGAUACCAGGAAGCCCUACAGGGAAUUAAGGCUAUAAAUGUCUCCCUAUUUUCAGACUCUUUUUUCAAAUGGUGAAAAUUCUUUCCCCAAAUUAUGAAAUGUGAAAAACGAGAGUGGUAACACUGGCUCUGAUGAUAUGCAUAUGAUGGCUUCCUCGUCUUUGUUGUAAGCAAGUGCAAGGUUCAAGGGUUCAAGUACAAAAAAGUCGUUAAAUGUUUAUCAAGUCUGGGAAUGCAUGUAGUUGCAUUAUAUGAUUAUUUUCCUGGUCAAAGUGACAUCACCGACGUUUGGUAUGCGCAAGCACCACACAUUAAUACUCAUUUGAAUUUUGCAAAAGGAGAUCUCUUCGAAGUCAUUGGUGAUGUUGAUUGGUGGCUUUAUGUUAAAACAAAUGACGGUGAAUCAGGUUAUAUUCCAAGUUUGUUCACUGCUCCCGUGAAUGACGAUUGUUUGAAUAAAGAUGAUUUAAGCUAUGAAGUUUUAUCAUGUUAUGGCGAUGUACCAUCACGUGCUAUUGAUGUGUCCGCAGACUUAACUUUUUUUCCAGAUGUGCAACUUCAUGACAUUAAUGAAUUUCAUCACAUGGACAUGGCUAAAUGCCCUGAAGAAAGUGCUAAUAUCUUUUCAAGAAUUACAUUUUGGUGGAUGACAGGCUUAGUACGGUUAGGCUAUAGUAAACCAUUGGUUACCAAGGACCUUUGGUAUUUGCAAAGUUCGCUAAUGUCAAAAAAUAUUGAAGGAAAGUUCAUUGAAAUCUGGGAGCAUGAAAAAGAAAGAGUAUCAAGAAAGUUUGAAAAACUUAAUUCAGAAAAGACAAAAUAUGUAAAUGAACAGUCAAAGUAUGACUCAGAUGACCAUGAAAACUUACAUGAUGAAGUAAAAUAUUCCUGUGAUGAAAGUAAAGAAAAACAUCCAUCAUUAAUGAAGACUUUGCUGAAAAUGUUCUUUCCAUUUUUAAUACCUGCGAUCUUGUUCAAAUUUUGUUACGAUUCAUUGGUGUUUGUUCAACCUCAGUUACUUGGAAUGAUUGUGGAAUUUGUUGAUGAUGAAAAUGAUCGCCCCUUGUAUGAAGGCUUAAUUUAUGCUGCAAGCAUGUUUGUCGUUGCAACAUUUCAAACGUUGGUGCUACAACAGUAUUUUAAAAUUGUUUUGGUUACCGGUCUUCGGCUUAGAACAUCAGUUCUUGGAAUUGUUUACAGAAAGGCUCUGGUCCUUAGCAAUUAUUCCAGAAAUCAAUCAACAAUUGGUGAAAUGGUUAAUUUAAUGUCUGUAGAUGCUCAACGUCUUAUGGAUAUUUUGACAUACCUUAACUUAAUUUGGUCAUCACCAUAUCAAAUAAUCCUGGCAAUAUACUUUCUAUAUCGCGCUAUGGGUAUUUCUGUUCUAGCUGGUGUUGCAGUUAUGUUGGUCAUUUUCCCGCUUAACUUUUUUAUUGGACGAUGGUUACGUAACUUUCAGGUCAAACAAAUGAACAUUAAAGAUUCGAGAAUUAAAUUGAUGAAUGAAAUAUUAAACGGUAUUAAGGUCCUCAAACUGUUUGCUUGGGAAACGUCAUUUUUAGAAAAGACUUCUCGAAUACGAAAAAAUGAAUUACGUAUACUCCGAUUCUUUUCUUAUCUUAAUGCAAUCUUGAGUUUUUUUAUGUCCUCGUCUCCUGUACUUGUUUCUUUGGCGACAUUUGCAACAUAUGUAUCUCUGGGAAAUACACUUACUGCAUCAAAAGCAUUCGUUGCACUUGCUUUAUUUGAAACUCUUCGUUUUCCUCUUAGCAUGUUGGCGCGAUUACUAACAAAUCUUAUUCAGGCAUUAGUGUCCAUUAAGCGUUUGCAAAGAUUUCUCAACAUGGAAGAGCUUGACCCUAAUCACAUUGAACGAUCCGACAUUUCCAAAGGAAGUAAAGAAACGGCUGCAAUUAAAAUUACAUCUGGUACUUUCAGUUGGGAAAAUGAAAAGCAACCAAUUUUGAACGAAAUAAAUUUGAAAGUUAACCAUGGUGGUCUUGUGGCAAUUGUGGGACAUGUUGGAUGUGGAAAGUCAUCUUUACUCUCCGCCAUACUUGGAGAUAUAAAAAAACUUGCAGGUCAUGUUUAUCUACAGGGCUCUGUUGCAUACGUAUCGCAACAAGCCUGGAUUCAAAAUGCUACUUUGCGUGAAAACAUUUUGUUUGGAAAACGGAAAAAUAAUGAAAGAUAUCGUCUGGUCAUUGAUAAGUGUGCUCUCAAACCUGAUUUGCAAAUCUUACCUGGUGGAGAUAUGACUGAAAUUGGCGAGAAGGGAAUUAAUCUCAGUGGUGGACAAAAGCAGCGUGUUAGUCUUGCUCGUGCUGUAUACAGUGAUGCUGAUAUUUAUUUACUUGAUGAUCCUCUCAGUGCAGUCGACGCUCACGUUGGAAAACAUAUUUUUGAUUUCGUCAUUGGUCCGAACGGGAUGUUAAAAAAUAAAACCAGAGUUCUUGUCACACAUCAGGUCAGAUUUCUUCCCCAAGUAGAUCAAAUAAUUGUGCUUCGUAAUGGUGUGAUCACUGAGAUUGGUUCAUACACUGAACUUCAAGCCAAUCAAGGAGAUUUUGCUGAAUUUUUAAAGAUUUACGCUACGGAACAUAACGAAGAUCGAGAACACGUUGGCAAUAGGAGUCGCUCAAAAUCACAAAUAAGUACAACCAGUUUUAUGAACAAUUUAAAUGUUGAUGACGGGAAAUCAAAUGUUUCUUCAUCAAAUGGCAAUACAAACAAAUUAACGACAAAAACUGACGAUGAAAAUGCGAGAGAAGACCACAAAAUGAUAAAGGAAGAAAAAGCUGAAACUGGAAGGGUCAAAUAUUCCGUUUUCAUCUAUUACUUUGCGUCGUGUGGAAUACAUUUUAUUUGUCUUCUGAUAUUCUUCCUCCUUUGCUCAGAAGCGUCGUUAGCUGUAUCACGUGUAUGGUUGGCUCACUGGAGUUCCUCGAAUGUAACUGAAAGCUCGCAACAAAAUUAUUACAUUGGUGUAUAUGCUGCUUUAGGUAUUAGUAGAGGAAUCUUUAUACUUUUGGUCACUAUGACUCUGGCGAAAAGUUGCGUUAAAGGAUCGAGAUUUUUGCACCAUAAUUUAUUGGUGAACGUUUUACGUUUGCCACUCUCGUUCUUUGAGAGCACACCUCUUGGACGCAUUGUGAACAGAUUCUCAAAAGAUAUUGAUGUCAUUGAUGCUCAAAUUCCUCUUAAUUUAUGGUGGUUCUUCGAAACGUCCACAUCAGUCUUGGGCGUUAUAUUUCUGAUAUGUUACUCGACACCAUUAUUUAUGACAGUUUUGUUGCCUCUCGUUGUACUUUAUGUGUUCAUACAGAGAUUUUACGUGACAACAUCUCGGCAACUUCAACGACUUGAGUCCAUAAGCAGGUCACCUGUCUAUUCUCAUUUCUUUGAAACGCUCAACGGCGUGAGUACGAUACGAGCUUUCAAUGCUCAACAGCGUUUUAUUAUGUUAAAUAACAAGAAUGUUGAUGAGAACUCAAUGGUUAAAUAUCCUGUCAUCAUUAUCAACAGGUGGCUUGCUGUGCGUUUAGAACUCAUUGGUAAUUGUGUGAUAUUCUUUGCUGCUCUCUUUGGCGUACUAGCUCGUGAAAGUAUUGAAAGUGGCUUGGUUGGUUUAUCCAUCACUGUUUCUCUUAAAAUCACGGGAAGUUUGAAUUGGUUAGUGAGACAAACAAGCGAGUUGGAGACCCAUAUUGUAUCGGUUGAACGAGUAAAAGAAUAUACUGAAGCUGAACAAGAGGCUGCAUGGACUAAUUUAUACCAAGCUCCUGCCAAUUGGCCAGAUAAAGGUGAAAUCGAGUUUAAACAACUGGGAAUAAGAUAUCGCAGCAAUCUACCUCUUGCAUUGAAGAAAAUCAAUGGUAAAAUUGGUUGUAAUGAAAAGAUUGGCAUAGUUGGAAGAACGGGUUCAGGAAAAUCAACGUUAACAAUGGCAUUGUUUCGUACAUUAGAAGCCAGCGAAGGAAACAUUACAAUUGAUGGUAUCAAUAUCGCACAUCUUGGUCUUCAUCUUCUUCGUUCAAAAAUCACUAUAAUUCCACAAGAUCCAAUUUUAUUUUCAACUUCGCUACGUUAUAAUUUGGAUCCGUUUGAAAGACACACUGAUGAGGAAGUUUGGUCUGCUCUUGAAAUGGCUCACCUAAAAUCUUUUGUUUCUCAACUUCCAAAUUCUGUAAAUUUUAUGAUCUCGGAAGGCGGAGAAAAUUUAAGUGUUGGUCAACGUCAGUUAGUGUGUUUAGCGCGUGCUUUGUUAAGAAGAACGAAAAUUUUGGUUCUUGAUGAAGCAACAGCUGCUGUUGACUUGGAAACUGAUGAACUUAUUCAGCAAACGAUUCGUAAAGAGUUUGCUGACUGUACAGUUCUGACUAUCGCUCAUCGAUUGAAUACAAUUAUGGAUUAUACAAGAAUAAUGGUACUCUCUGAAGGAGAAGUAAAAGAGUUUGACUCCCCAAGUAAUUUGCUAGAGCAAAAAGGCAUGUUUUAUGAAAUGGCAAAGCAUUCUAAUCUUGUUGUUUGAUUAAGGGUACAUGGCUGAAUCUUGUGAGUACAGAUUACCUCUUACCCUAUAAUUUUGUGUGCAUUGUCUAGAGUAACCUUUCAAUAUUAAUUGCUUCUGUAUUUUGAUCAUAAACCAAUUGUUUAUAAUGAAACAGAACCAAUCAUUUUUGAAGGUUACUCUCUUUGCUACCAAGAUUACAAAUUAUCUUUCUUCAAGAUUUAUCAUUUUCCCUCACUAUGACAUAUGUAGACUUAUACAAUAUAGGCUAUUCUAUACAAGAAUUAUUGGUAAAAUCUCCUGCCUUCAAACUCAAUGUUAUUUAUUCUAUAAGUAUUAUUGGUAAAAUUUCCAUGCAAACUAUGUAGUCCAUACAAAGUUUGUGAUUUGGUGCAAAUGAAACUUCAUACUUUGUGUUGAUAAAUGUAGGAAUCAUUUAGCUUAUGAUACUACGCUACAGUAUUUAUUGGUACUUUGUAAACAAAUUGUUCUGUUAAAAAAGUUCAGUUUAAAAUGUUAUGAGGUACAAA